CGGCACGAGAUAUUCCGAUGCGCUCUUUUUUUCUUCCUUCUUCGCAACUUGUCCGGCGGAGCGCCGCGUCGCCGCCUCGGCUCCCGCAGGGCUUCUCGGAACGCGCGCCGGCGCUCGUAGCGAGAAAAUCCUCGCUUCAUCUCAGCGCACAGGUGUCAGACAGGGGCUGCCGUGAACACAGAGAGAGAGGGUAGAGCGAAGAGGAGGGGAGAGGAAAGGAAGAGAGGUCUCGCUUUUGCGCGCUUUCGCGUGACGCACUCCCGUCCGCUCGUCUCUGCUCUCCGCUGCAUCGAUCAGUAGCGGUGGCGACUUGAGAGUGGGCGAGUCUCGAUCUCUCGCACGUGUCCGUAGAGCAGCGGCGGCGGCAGCAACAGCUGCUGCUCAAAGGGCGACGCGACCGCGUGUUACCCACCGUGAGUGAGCAAGCAGCCCGCGAGCACACGCGUGAACACCGCUUGACCCCCCUCACAGCAAAUCGGAGUAGAUGCUUCAUCAUCCGGCGUGGAGAAUUCUCCCUCGCGCUCUCCUCGAGAGAAUGCGCUGAGCGCACGAGCGAAAAUGCUUCUUUUUUUUAAGACCGGCGCGUGAUUGCGGAGCGGGAUUCAUCGACGGUUGCGCGCAGAUAUAGGACGCACAGUGGCGUCGUUCAUUCCCUGUCCCCUCUCCUCUUCGACCUCUUGCACUCCUCGCUGCUCUCUCUCUCUCUCAUUUGCGUUCGUUCGCUGGAACGAUGGAGAACGCGCGAGUAAAUUUCACCAACUCAAGCGCGGACGGGUUUGGCAACGUCACUUGGUCGCUCGGGCCGGGGCAUCACCACCACCAGGAGAAGCAGCAGGAAAGCGGCGACGAAGAAGGAAUGGACCUGACCCAAAUCAUCGUGCCGGCGGUCUUCGGCGUCAUCUUUCUGCUGGGCGUGCUGGGCAACACCCUAGUGCUGGUGGUGCUGCUGUGCCGCAAGUCGCGGCGGGUGCAGCGCAACACGACCAACACGUUCAUCCUCAACCUGAGCGUGGCCGACCUCACCUUCCUGAUGGUGUGCGUGCCCUUCCAGUCGACAAUCUACGUCCUGCCCACGUGGGUGUUCGGCGCCUUCCUCUGCAAGGCCGUGCACUACUUCGUCACCGUGUUCAUGCUCGUGAGCAUCUUCACGCUGGCCGCGAUGUCGGUAGAACGCUACAUCGCCGUGGUCCACUCGCACCGCUCGCCCGUGCUGCGCACCACGCGGAACGCGCUCGCCGGCGUGGCCGUGAUUUGGGCGCUGUCCGUGGUAGCCGCGAUCCCCUGCGCCCAAAACCGGAUGCUGGUUGACGGAGUGAACUACUCGCACCCGGGCCAGUUCUUCUGCUGGGAGGCGGAGGCAUCCAAGAGGCGAGCCUACAUCACGGCAAUCUUCAUCUUCGGCUACCUGCUGCCUCUGCUGCUCAUCUCCUGCUGCUACGUCAGCGUGCUGACACACCUGCAGAGAAAGGUGCGCAACAUAUCCAAGAAGUCACAGCGCUCGAAGAAAAAGACGGCGCAGACGGUGCUGGUGGUGGUGGCCGUCUUCUGCAUAUCGUGGCUGCCUCACCACGUCAUUCACAUCGAGGAGACAAAUAUGAGCGGCGACACUUUCGAACGCACGCAAGCGUGGCGAAGCGUGGAGAACACACAUCGCAACACCCUCUCGAUAAACUUGUCGCUGUUGACCCGUAGCCUGCGAAGCCACCGCACGUAGCGGCCGUCAGCACACCGGUGACACUUCGUCAGCGUCGUUUGGAUAGUGGCCCCGGCCGCGCGUUAUUGGAGGUGGCGUGCGAUGGCUCCAGUUCAGGUGGGCAUGGAAGCUCCACCGCAGGCUUUCCAGGCCGAGAGAUGUGUGCAGCCAUCCAAGUCCGGUGACAAGCCCAGCACCCACUGGUGCAUGAGACAUCACCUCUGCUUUAAUAUGACUCCACUUGAUUAGUGGAUCACUUGCUCAUGUCACCUGUAAUUACAGCACCCAAGGAGGAGCUCACUGGCUCACUGAACUGGAGCUAUGGCACGCCGCUGGCUAUCAAUCAAUCAAGUGAGACAUGAGAUGUAUUUUGUAAUCAAAACUGCAGAAUUGUCAACGGACCGUGUGCGAGUCAUUCGACCGCGCUUGCUGCUCAUCAAAAUCUAUGGGCCAGAUUCACAUUUUGACUGAUGAAAUGUAUGGCGGGACCCCGGGGUCCCGAAUAAACGGAAGUCAAAAUCGUAAUUCAUUCAUCUAUUUUUGGCGACUCCAUCCCACCGCGCACAUCAACGCCGCGACCCGCCUGGCGCGGAUCAUUCUGUGGUCAUGUCAUGUCCAAGCGCAGCGGCGAGGACGAAUGCGCAGAAGAGCUGAACAAGAGAAUGCACUCCAUGCUCGGGUAUGGGCAGGAUCAUGUCUUAUCCAAGCUGCUCAAACUGCCUACACGACCUAGGUCCUUUAUUUGUCAUAACGGGACACAUAAUACAGUGAAACUGCUCUCUUAUCUACAUUAUUAUGUGACCUACCAAUGUCUGCAGCCAGGAUCAAUCGAUGACAAAUCUAUUACCUGCAGACAUUUAGCAGAUGAGAUGCGUUGCACCGUUAGUUCCUCCUGUUUGAUACUUCUCUUGUCCGUAUGCAUCUGUGCAGAUAGGUUUUUUUUGCGGUUAAGCCAUAGUCCCCACCUACCGCUUGUAUGUUGAUAAGAGCAGCGGCGACUCACUACUCUGUAGAGUAACAUUGGUAUAAACGCUUGUUACAAUAUGAACAGCGCAUUGAAAACGCGUACUAUUGUAUGUACUGUUUACAAAGUGUGUUCACAAAUCCACACUGAGAAACACCAUGAUUGACAGAGGGGUGUCAAUAAUUGUUUCGAUAGUGUAUUUAAAUAGAAGUACUGCAGGUAAGUAGUUUUCAGUUUUAAAGGCAUAGUUUAACAAGACAACACUUGCCACCAUCAUUCAAACCCAUUGGUGAAAAAGAGCAAAGUUUUUGUUUACAUUAUAAAAACCGUACCAAAAUCUGCUCUGACAGUAAUGGAGCAAAUCGCCCAGACGAUGUGCUUGGCCGUUUUGUCAAGAUGUGAAUCUCGUCCCAUAACGUAUCAGACCGUCGGUGAUUCUAGGACAAGUGUUUGCGUGCACGCAAAGAUGACGAUGAGGCUUGAGAUAUUGUAAGACGAUGUCUUGAAAGGUGCUGGUUUGCACCCGGUAAUUCACCACUGUGAUUCGUAUAAAAUCACAUGUUGUACAUGAAAAACGUUCGAAGCUUCAAAUACCGUGUUAUAUAUUCUGUAUUAUGAUCUGCUUCAAGCUUUGGAAUGCUAACGCAUAAGAAAAAAAAAACCAACAUGUAUUUGUCUUGUCCUGUUAACUGUGAGUAUUAUAUAAACACAAGGUAGCCUACAUGUUGUAGGCCAUGUAUUUUAUAUACUGUGUAGAAUGUGUCAGAUAAUUGUAACUUGCCAACCUUGAUGGUAAGAGAUUGUACCAUUGUCAGCUUAACAUUUAAGUGGUCCUGCAAGUCUUGAUGCUCAUUGUGACUUACAUAGUACAGUGCAACGUAGGGUCUGCAUUUGUCAGUAAAUGCUGUGCGCAGUGUUAGACGUAUGAACAUGUGUCACAAAGCAACAUAUCCAAAGGAAGACAUUUAAUAAUGAGUGAGUGACCUUUACGAAUUCUAUUCUGUAUAUCGGUUAAAGGUGACAUGUAUUGAUAAUACAGUAUUUAUUCACAAAUAGGAAUGCAUACGUACAGGGGGUAACAAACAAAAAAUGCAUUAAGUGUGUAUGCAGGGUGAGGGUUAAAUAUCUGGGCAUGUGCAAAACAAUGGUACGCCUUUACCUUGGUACCACCUGCUACCGAUAAUGGCAUUAGUACUGUUAUCCUGAACAUAUUUAGUAGCUUAACAAUAUACGCUUUCUACGUCAAGCAAAAUAGUCAUUAAAAUAAUACACAUUUUUGGAAACUUACACACAAAUUCUAUACAUAUCGUAUGCUCCUACAUAAUUAUAUACAACAUAAUUUACAAUUCCAUAUAAACGCAACCGCAUCUCCAGAACUUACAGGAAAGACAAAGCGUAACAUAUAAAAUAAAAAUAUGUACAUGAACAUGAAAACUUGAACAAGGGCUGAGUUUCCUCAACUACACAGAGUUUAGAUGGAAGAGAAUUCCAGACUCAGCUGCCGAGAAGGAGCUACCUCGUAAAAGCGCACGUUGCAAAAUAACCAACUAUUAAGCUGCUAAAGUGUAUACUCGGGAAAAGAGUACUAAUGUCCCAAUUUCAGAAGUGGCAAUGGCAGAUGAAGAACACCAAUUUACGGGAUUGUCCUAAACUACUGGCUUAGACGUUUGACCUAAUUGAAUGGGCCAUUAGUCUUGUGCCUUGUUAUGGUUAAUCGGCCAGAGUAGUAAGGCCACUGUGCAUCCCACCAGUUAUUGUAUAUACAGAAGUUCACACUGCGCCUGUCUACACGAAACAGUAUUGUGUUUAUGUGUUACGUUCUCGGGAUACAUUAGUGAUUCGUGGUAUAUUAAGGUUCUGUAAACAGUCCAUUAAGAAAUAAAAUUGAUGU